AUGUCCCCUCGGCUAGCAGCAGCUCAUGUGGUGGUGGGACUGCUGGCGUUCAAGGGGCCUGCCUUGUCCCCUAGGCAAGCAGCAGCACAUGUGGUGGUGGGACUGCUGGCUCUUAAGCUGGGUGGGUUUGGGAAAUGGGUCUCCUCUCACAUGCUGACUUGCGAGUCGACUCAUGAGUCACCUCGAAAUGGGUCUCCUCUCACAUGCCGUCGCCACCCUUCUCCCUUUGCAUGGCUCUGCCUUUCGCUUACAAUUCACACGCUAUCGCUCACAAAUCACACGCUAUCGCUCACAAUUCACACGCUAUCGCUCACAAAUCACACGCUAUCGCUCACAAUUCACACGCUAUCGCUCACAAUUCACACGCUAUCGCUCACAAAUCACACGCUAUCGCUCACAAUUCACACGCUAUCGCUCACAAUUCACACGCUACCGCUCACAAUUCACAUGCUAUCGCUCGCACCCUUACCUCGCACCCCUGUAUUCCAAGAUGCUAGCGAUGUUCAGAAGCGAGGCGCCUUUGCUUCUUUCUCCCUCCCAGCCAAGGGCAGCAAGUACGCAACAGGGAACUCACGAGGUUUGAUCAAGGACCUCUUCCAUCGCUACGGCUGCCACCACUGCGGCACAAGGCGGGGCGACUGUCUGCUGCUGUGCGCAAUCAGCACCGCACACUCGUGCUGCACCGACGGUCCGGAUGGCCUCUGUCACACCUCUUUGGUGGAUUCUUCAUUCACCCACAACUGA